ACGCGACCUUCUUUUUAAGCGUUAAAGCCACGGCGAGUUCUAGAGCAAGAAGAGCAAACGGCACCGCCACCGGAACAAACAACUGCGUUGCCUUAACGCACCGUUUUUGUUCCUUAACGGUCCCUUUUCGAAGAGCGAGCAGCGAGACCGAGAGCUUGAGCACGAGCUCGAGCAAUAAUGGCGGAGAAGCCCCAACCGGUUCGCGUGUUGUACUGUGCGGUCUGCAGUUUGCCGGCUGAGUACUGCGAAUUUGGACCGGAUUUCGAAAAAUGCAAGCCCUGGUUAAUCCAAAACGCCCCGGAAAUCUACCCUGAUCUCAUAAAAGAGGCCAAUGCAAAGGAAGCUGAUAAAGUUUCCCAGCAGUUCCAAUCCACUGGUAUUUCUUCAGAUGGAGCUACUCCUUCAGCACCAAAGCAAGAAGAAGUAAAACGUCUUCCUGGUGGGAAGAUAAAGAAAAAAGAUAAGCAAGAAGUAGUUAUUGAAAAGGUUGUACGUAACAAGCGAAAGUGCAUUACCACUGUAAAAGGGUUGGAACUUUUUGGUGUUAAACUUAGUGAUGCUUCGAAGAAGCUUGGGAAAAAGUUUGCCACGGGAGCUUCUGUUGUUAAGGGGCCUACUGAGAAGGAGCAGAUUGAUGUUCAAGGGGACAUAUCCUAUGACAUUGUGGAGUUCAUUACAGAGAGCUGGCCUGAUGUUCCAGAAACAGCAAUUUUCUUUAUUGAAGAUGGAAGGAAGGUCCCAGCUGCUUGACUGAAACUAUGGUAUAGAAAUAAAACGGACUGCAGUAACUUCCAUCCUGCCUAUGGUAUCUCGGUGAAAAGAGUUGCCAGACUUGCUAGUUAAUGUUGUAUGAAUAUAUGGCAAGUGAGUUUUUUUCCCCGGUCAACUAUCUAUUCUUAUCUUUGUUGCAAAGAGUAGUAAAUUAUUUUGAAGUUUGAACUGUGUUCUAUACUGGUGGAUGUGCUUUGCAUGGGGGAAAAUCUGAGUGCCAUUUGUUUUUGUUU